UCUCUCCGUCCGGACUUAUUUAUCCACGCAAUUCAAUCGAAUCGUGGUCAAACACUCCCGAGCCUGCUUGCAAUGACGACGACGACGACGAUGAGGCUGAGGCAGCACCUCACCUCCACCUCCCCUAUUUAUGGCAUGCCACCCACCUUCGCCAGGAUCAGCAACACCCAUCACCGCCUCUCCGUGACACCACCGCAAAAGCGAACAACUCGAGCCAUGUCGUCGUCGUCAUCGACUUCUUCCGAUGCUGCCGUGGCGGCCGCGGCGCCGUUCGAGAACCCGAGGACGGUGGUGAAGAAGCUCCUGGCGGAGUCGCAGCCCGAGGGACAGGGCGCCACCGUCCGGAGGAGCAUCGGCAGGCACGAGCUUAGGAACCUGGACCCUUUCCUCAUGCUCGACGAGUUCUCAGUCUCCAAACCCGCUGGAUUCCCCGAUCAUCCCCACAGAGGAUUCGAGACCGUCACCUACAUGCUUGAGGGGGCCUUCACCCACCAGGACUUCGCUGGCCACAAGGGCACCAUCAGGGCAGGGGAUGUGCAGUGGAUGACGGCCGGCCGUGGCAUCGUGCACUCGGAGAUGCCGGCGGGCGACGGGGUGCAGAAGGGCCUCCAGCUCUGGAUCAACCUCUCCGCAAAAGACAAGAUGAUCGAGCCCCGGUACCAAGAACUCCAGAGCAAGGACAUCAGCCGCGCCGAGAAGGACGGCGUCGAGGUCAGGAUCAUCGCCGGUGAGGCCUUUGGCGUGCGGUCUCCUGUCUACACCCGUACCCCCACAAUGUACAUGGACUUCACCAUGCAGCCAGGUUCCCAGCUGCACCAGCCCGUCCCGGAGGGCUGGACCGCCUUCGUGUACAUCAUCGACGGCGAGGGCGUGUUCGGCCGGGAGAAGGCCGCCCCCGUCACCGCGCACCACUGCCUGGUGCUCGGCCCCGGCGACGGGCUCAGCGUGUGGAACAAGUCCGGCGCGCCGCUGCGGUUCGCGCUGGUGGGCGGGCAGCCGCUGGGCGAGCCGGUGGUGCAGCACGGGCCGUUCGUGAUGAACACGCGAGCCGAGAUCCAGCAGGCCAUGGAGGACUACUACUACGGCAGGAACGGGUUCGAGAAGGCCAGGCAGUGGAGCAGCUCUGCCUGAUCAUACGAAUCCUCCGGUUCUGCUGCAUCCUUGAGAAAUUGACAUGAAAAAAGAGGGGAAAUUUGUCCUCCUGCACAUUUGGGGGAGACUAGACCAUUACUUGAUACUCUGAUCUUGAUCAUUAUUUUUCCAUUGUUUUUUUCUUGUUGUAGAAGGAUUUGCUUGUCAUGGUGAUUGUAAUAUGCAGGAUGACAAAAUUAAUCCAUAGUCUCAAUAAUUGUUUCUUUGCA